AUGCAGCCGGGGGCUCCGUUCAGCAAUGAAAACGUGUACUUCGAGAGAUGUGAGGAGUUUAUUUACCUUGGUUCAAUGAUGACAAGCGAUAAUAAUCCCAGUAAAGAAAUCGGCAGACGUGCUAUCAAUCAUGCUAGCAAACUGUUGCUACUUUCGGGCUACUUUCGAUCGCGACUAUUCAAAAAGAACACCAAGCUUAUCUUGUAUAAAACCUUCUUGCGGCCUGUACUAACUAACGCCUCCGAAACCAGGGCACUAAGCAAAAGAGAGAAACGAGCUCUCCUAAUCUUCGAGCGAAAGAUUCUCAGAAGGAUCUUUGGACCCAUCUGCGUUGACGUGACUCGAGAAGAUAUCGGCACUGAGAGGAUGAGAGAUUCAAAUAUGAUACAAAUUCUAUGUGACGUUAAUUUCCCCUAUACGUUUUUGGAAGGUACUUUGCAGGGCUGUGUAUAA